UAUAUUCUUCGGAUGUGCUGCUAUUUACGAGAGAUGUAAAUAAAGCAAUAGGUUAUACUUCUUUUUAGAUUAUUUAUAAAGAAAUGACAAAUUGUUCAAGUUAGUAGAUUCGAUUAUUUUAAUGUGAUUUUCUAAAACUGGAUUGAAAUUAGUACGCAUUUAUCAGAGAAGAUUCUGAAUUUUGUAUUGUCGAUCACGCAAGAGGUUAGAACAUGUGUAAAAGUUGAAUCUUACAUGACGCAUUCAAUCGGUUAUUUUAUGUAAAAAUGCCGCUGAUAAUAAUAACUGGCACUCCGUGCAGCGGCAAAACCACGAGAAGCCUCGAAUUGAAGGAAUAUUUCGAGAAUAGAUUAAAAAGCAACGGACAAAAUGUAGAAAUAAUCAGCGAAUGCGAUGCGAUAACCAAGGCAGGCUAUGAUAAAAAUACAUUUUACGCAGAUUCGAAGAAAGAGAAGGGUGUUAGAAGUGCCUUGAAAUCGGACAUUCAACGUAAGCUCGAUGCGCGUGAUUUGUUGAUAUUUGACGGCAGUAAUUACAUCAAGGGAUACCGAUAUGAGAUCUACUGCAUGACCAAAUUGUACAAAACUCCACAGUGCACGAUACACUGCGAUAUUCCAGUGGAACAUGCUUGGCUGUGGAAUGAGAAGCGAGCAGAAUCUGAUAAAUAUGACAGAGAAAUCUUUGACGCACUGGUAGCAAGGUACGAAACGCCAAAUAGUAAAAAUCGAUGGGAUGCUCCACUCUUCGCAAUUACACCAGAAGACGAAUUGAUCUGCGACGAGAUUUACAGAUCGCUCUACGAAGUCAAAUCGCCAAAGCCAAAUCAAAGUACUCAAUGUCCACCGCUGGCAUCCACGAAUUAUCUAUACGAACUGGAUACAAUAACGCAAGAUGUAAUAAACGCGAUAUUGUCUGCGAAACAACUGGGAGUAAACAAUGAAAUAAAGAUACCGGGUUGUAGCGUGAUUGUACGAAACUCUGGCACAGCAGCGCAACUUAUGAGAUUACGGCGACAGUUUUUAACUUAUAGUAAAAUGCAACAAAGCGGCAUCGAUCAAAUUGCCGUAUUAUUUGUACAAUAUCUCAAUAAAAACUUAUAAAAAAACAAA